AUGGAGAGCAGAGAAAGCAUUGACAUCGAUGUAAGCGUCAAAAUUGUACUUGUGGGCGAUUCUCAAGUUGGCAAAUCGAGCCUUCUAAGUCUAUUUAUAAACGAAGAAUUCAACCAAAAUAUCCCAACCACACAUGGGAUUGGAAACAAACACCGAACUCUUGAAUUAGAAGGAAAAGUCGUAAAAGUUGAUCUUUGAGAUGUGCCGGGACAUAUAAAAUACAGACCUGCAUUAACUCAGUUUUAUAAUCAUGCUAGUGCUGCUAUUCUUAUUUUCGAUUUAUCAAAACGAGAAAGUUUUAAAAAUCUUAAUAAAUGGAUCUCAGAGCUGACUUUAAGUGGAAUAAAGCUGCCAAGGAUUCUUUUAGUGGGAAAUAAAAGUGAUAAAACAGAAGAGAGAGAUAUUGAUGAAAGUGAUUUGCAAAACUUUUUGAAGAAUUACUAUUUAAAAUAUAACUAAUUAUAGUAAAUAUAAACUUCCUCAGGCUACUGUUUAUAAUUACCAAAUAGCAAAUAAGAUAACAGCUAAUCAGAAGGAACGUUUUUAUUUAUUUUUUAGGUAUAUAUUGAAACUUCAGCAAAAACUGGGGAAAAUGUUGAGGAAGCUUUUAUGAUUGCCCUGCAAAAGUCGCUGAAAUUUUAUGAAGGAAGGAAUGAAAGUAGAAGCAGCACACAAGUUGAUGCAAGAAAUCGUGAAGCUUGCUGUGUAUGCCGUGUGGUUUGCAGAUUAUUUUAG